AUGUCCUCUUCAUCUCCACCGACUUCUUCACUCUCCGCUCGAGAGCAACUUUUCUCCGCUUCUUCUUCACGUCAUCCCAGUCAACAUGUGAUAAAUGUUCCGAUCAGUGCACCAUGGUAUUCACGUGAUCCGAUUGUCAACUCCGAGCCGCCGUCCAUUCAAACCUCCGUACCCCGUCUAUCGAAUACGUCCAAAUAUUCUCCCAACUCGUAUCGGAUCUCGUUCGACGAAUACACGGUACCUCAUCCAUCACAAAUGCGCGACCAUCUCCAUUUCAAUAUUGACUUGUCUCAUGAUAUGCCACUCUACAUUUCUCGUCGCUAG